AUGGCGGUCAACCUCGACCAAACUUCCGGGUCCGGCAUCCAAGCCACCCUCUCCUACCUACGAUCCCACCCCAUCUACGCCUUGUACGCCUUUUGCAUCUUCAUCGUCCUCCGCUUCCUCACCAACCGCUACGCCUCGCCUCUCCGCCGCUAUCCCGGCCCGUUCCUCGCAUCCGGCACGCGUCUGUGGAAACUAUACGUGACCCUGACAACGCACCAAGAAACCGCAUACAUCAACCUCCACAAGCGAUACGGCCCCAUCGUCCGCACAUCCCCCACAUCCCUCUCCUUCUCCCACCCCGCCGCCGCCCGCACCAUCCUCUCCGCCGGCCGCGGCUUCCACAAGACCUCCUUCUACGCGGUUUUCCCUCCCCCCGAAAACCCAGACAUCUUCACCGAGACGGACGAAGGCGAGCACGCGCGCAAGCGCCGCGCCGCGGGCCCGGCCUACGCCAUGGGCGCGAUGCAGAGCGCGGCGCAGACGGCGAGGAUCGAGAGGGUUGUGAGGGGGUUGGGGGGGCGGUUGGAUGGGUUGUGUGAGGGUGGUGGUACUACUGGUGUGGUGGUUGAUCUCGGGGCGUGGGUGCAUUGGUUUGCGUUUGAUGUGCUGGGGGAGGUGGCGUUUGGGCGGGCGUGGGGGUUCCUGGCGGAGGGGAGGGAUGUGGAAGGGUGUAUCGCGGCGAUCGAUGCGAGUCAGCGGUACAACGGCGCGGUGGGGCAGGUGCCGGUGCUGGAUUGGGUGGUGGGGAGGCGGAGUUGGGCGUGGAGGGCGUGGCGGGGGGUGGGGUUGGGGAGGGCGCCGCUGGUGACGAGGAUUGCGGGGGAGGAGGUGAGGAGGAGGAUGGAGGAGGGGGGGAAGAAGGAGGCGGAGGGGGAUGGGGAGGGGGACUUGUUGGCGCAGUUGUUGAGGGCCCAUGGGAGGGAUCCGGAGAGGUUUACGGAGGGCGAUGUGUUUGCCGUGGCGCACGGGGCUAUCUUCGCCGGCUCCGACUCCACCGCCUCGACCAUGCAAUCCUUCCUCCACCACGUCCUCCGCGACGCGCGCAUCCACGCCCUCCUCCUCGCCGAGCUCGACGCCGCCACCGCCGCGGGCCACCUCUCGCGCCGCCCCGCCGUCCCCCAGUUCGCCGAGGCGCAGCGGCACCUGCCGUACUUCCAGGCCUGCCUCAAGGAGGCGAUGCGGCUGCGCCCCGCCGUCGGCCUCGCCAUGGCGCGCGCCGUGCCCGCCGGCGGCGCCGAGAUCGACGGCGCGACAUAUCCCGCCGGCACGGAGCUGGACGUCAAUGCGUGGGCGGUGCAUAGGGAUGCGGACGUGUUUGGGGGGGAUGCCGAGGCGUAUAGGCCGGAGAGGUGGCUGGAGGGGGAGGGGGAGAGGGCGAGGGUGAUGGAUAGGCAUAUGUUGCAGUUUGGCGGCGGCUCGCACGUGUGUAUUGGGAAGAACUUGGCGCUGCUGGAGAUGAACAAGGUGUUGCCGAUGCUGCUGAGGGAUUACAAUAUGGAGCUGGUGCAUCCGGAGCGGGAGUUGGAGUUUCAUACUUACUUCUUCGUCGUUCAGAAAGGCUUGGAUGUGAGGAUCUCGAAGAGAGAGUGA